GAACAAGACUGGUUACUCGCAUCAAUGCCUCUGUCUCGUCAUUUAACAUGCUUUCCGCAAAUUAGGGUCGCCUGCUCUGGUUUACAAACAAAUGCUUAUUUGUGUAAAAUUUCGCCCGGAAUUGGCCUUAGCUAGAGUGAGUUUGGUAGUUACAUUUCGUGCUAUUUUGAUCGUUGGCCACAACUUGUUCCUUCUUUCUAUGUCCUCCGGGCAGAGAUGGUCGGCGAAACGCAUACCAUGGCUCUGAAGGAAGGCGUUCUUCCUAGCAGCUUCCCAGACUGCAUCCCUCUAUAAUCUGGCAGUGAAGAGGAUGACGAUUACCCCUAGGUCUGGAAUCGUUUUGCUGUGCCCUUCGAGCAGUACUACUUCUGAAGGAACGCAGUUGACAAGUAGGCGUCGCCGUGGUGCACACGUGCUCGGAAGUAAGCAAGGAAAACGUCAUUGUGUUUCUCUGGCGAUAGCACUGGCUUCGUAGUGGAAAUUAUAUUUUGGGAGCGUUUAUCGUGGAAACAUUACGAAACGUGUUUGUGCUGUGCGCUAAUCUAAAACGAACCGUUUACAAGUGAAGUGCGCGAGCGUCAAGAUAGAGCGGUGCAGGUGCACGAGCCGACACGCAUGUGCAACGUUGUCUGCAGUGAGCAUUUAGCGCUACAUUAUUUGGCUAUAACCUCGACAGUUUGCCCGCUACUUUUUUUUAACCCGUUAGCAAGUUACCUGGCUAGCUACUGCAGUAUAAAGCUGACCUAGACACAUUUGGUAGUGGUAAUGAAUGAAAAGCACUCAUUUCUAUUUUGAGGAGAGGAGUAAGGCCUACCCGACACGACAUUGCAUGUCAGCAACAUGGCAUUCACCAGCCUUUUUUCAAGUCUUCCAAACAAAGAAUUUGACCCGACGCCUUGUGAGCCGAUGGAAAGAUUUCAAAGGGAUGAAAGGCAACUGGAACCAGUUAAACUGGAGAAGGGGAACGAAAGGGAUGCCCAGUCCAAAAAGUGGCCAUUGCAACGGGGUCAGCAGAGUGGCCCCAGGAAGAGGAAAAAGGGGGACCAACAGGAGCAGUGUGGCCAGGCCAAGAAAAGUAACCUUCAUAAAUGCCCACCACAAUCUUAUAAAGACUUUGACUCUGUGGCCCGAGACUUCAUGGUGAAGUGUGAUUUCGAGCAACCAAGCUUUGACUUCAGUAGAGAACUGGACUUCUACAGUGAUAGCAAGGAGGGUGCAUACCCUGGUCAUGCUACAGAGAAGUCGGGUUGGAAGAACAUGAGGCCCGGAGAAGCCACGGAUCCUGAUCAGAACAAGGAUGUUCAAGGUGUAAACAAGAAGAAAGGACGGGAGCAGAAGAAGCAGCGAUGGGAGCCUCAGCAGCAGAGACUUGACAACCAGGGCAGAGGGGGAAACUCUGCCAGGAGGGGUGGUGAUUUUACCGGACUGGGUGGACACGGAACUAACCAGCCCAGAGUCUUCUCCAACAGGGGUGGAGGUGGUUCCAACAGGGGUGGAGGUGGUUCCAAUAGGGGUGGAGGUGGCUCCAACAGGGGUGGAGGUGGCUCCAACAGGGGUGGAGGUGGCUCCAACAGGGGUGGAGGUGGUUCCAACAGGGGUGGAGGUGGCUCCAACAGGGGUGGAGGUGGCUCCAACAGGGGUGGAGGUGGCUCCAACAGGGGUGGAGGUGGCUCCAACAGGGGUGGAGGUGGCUCCAACAGGGGUGGAGGUGGCUCCAACAGGGGUGGAGGUGGCUCCAACAGGGGUGGAGAGGGGAGCAAUAGAGGCCGGGGCUGUGACAAGAGGGGAAGUUUUCUCCGAAGAGGUGAUUGGUCAAAGCGAGGCACUGACCGGUCACGUAGUGGUGGACGACAGUUCCCAGAUGAUGGCCGUUUAACACUGGAAACUUUGACAGGAAAGGGGAAGAAGAACAUGACAAAGGAAUUCAAAGACCAGAAUGCUUUGGAGAUUGACGGGAGGUUAAUCUGUCGACAUUUCCUCAGGGGAAAGUGCAUCAAGGGUGAUGACUGCCAGCUAGAACAUGCUCUGGACGUCAACUACUCGAUCAACGAAGUGUGUAAAUUCUACGUCCAGGGAUCCUGUUCGAAAGGAGAGAGCUGCAUAUACAUGCACAAGAGUUUCCCCUGCAAGUUCUUCCAUACUUACGAGAAGUGCUCCCAAGGAGACCAGUGCAGGUUUUCCCAUGAACCCCUGACUGAGCUCACCAAACAGCUACUGGAGGCAGCAUUGAAGAGGGACAAGGACAUUGAGGAACUGGCUAAAAAGGACAAGCCAAUCUGCAUGGAGGAGUCAGUGGCCACAAAGGAGUCGGCGUCAGCUGAGGAGACAAAGCCUGUCAUUAACAUGUUCCUGAAUCCCCUAAGGCCAAACUUUUACAACAGUUCAUCACCCUCUGAGCCACAUGCUGAGGAAAGUACCCCCAUGUGUCAGAAUGAAGUGUCAGCUGAGGUCGUGGAGAAGGAAAUUGCCCCUCCUACAGAGUCCAUUUGGUCUCCUGAUCCUCCCCCAAGCUCUCCUGGCUUUAAAGAACCGGUUUCUUAUUCAGUUGAGGCUGUGCUUGGGUCCCAUAGGCCACUGGAAAAACCCUUCCGCAGCUUCUUUGCAGCCUCUAUCAGCCAGACCUCACAGACCCAACCAGAUCCCCUCACAACUACAUUCGUUCCUCCAGACUCUAUCCACACUCCGGAUCCACCCCUAAACUCUACAUGCGGGAAGAGAAAUGUUCCUUAUUCAGUCAAAGCUGUGCUUGGAUUCCAGAAGCCUGUAGAAAAACCCUUCUGCAGCCAAUUUUCAGGAUCCAUCACCCAGUCCUUCACACUCCCCACACAGAUCCAAUCAGAUCCCCCCAGCACUACAUUAGUUUCUCCAGACCCCAUUAGUUUGUCUGGUCCUCAUCUGAAUAAGAGGCAGGCUUCUUAUUCAGUUGAGGCUCUCUCUACGCCCCAGAAGCUGGUGAAAAAAACCUUUUGCAGUCUCUUUGCAGGACCGAUCAGCCAGACCUCUACUAGACCUCUCAUACAGAACUCUGCUAAUUCUCCCAUCAACACCCCAGGCUGUACGAGACCAGCUUCUUAUUCAGUUAAGGCUGUUCUAAAGUCCCACAAGCCUGUGGAAACCCCCUUCCGCAGCCUCGUUGCAGGCCCCAUCAACCAGUCCUCUCACCACCCUGAUAUACAGACCCAACUAGAUCGUCCUAGCACUACAUUAAUUCCUCCAGACUCCAUUCGGCCCCCUGAUCCUCCUUCAGUCUAUAAGAGGCCGGCUUAUUAUUCAGAUAAAGCUGUGCUUGGAUCUCCUAAACCUUUGAAACCAUCCUUCAGCAGCCUCUUUGCAGGCCCCAUCAGCCAGACCUCUCCCCAACCGCUCACUCAGUCCCAAGCAGAUUCCUCUAGCGCUACAUUUGGUCCUUCAGAGACUGCUCCUCCUGCAGGCUGUAAAAGGCUGGCUUCGUAUUCUGUUACGGAUGUGCUUGAGACCUAUAAGCCUGUGGAAAACCCCUUCCGCAGCCUUUUUGCAGGAACCAUCAGCCAGACCACUACCGACCCUCCCUCACAGUCCCUAAACUCCCCCGGUUGUAAGACACCAGCUUCUAAAAAGCCCAUGGAAAAACCCUUCCGUAGCAUCUUUGCAGGCCCCAUCAGCCAGACACCCAAUAACCACCCUCCCAGACAGACCCGACCAAAUCCCCCCAGCACUGCAUUUAGUCCUCCAGACCCCAUUCGGUCUUCUGAGCCUCUGCCAGUCUGCAAGAGACGGACAUCCUCAGUUGAGGCUGUCAGUGAGUCCCAGAAGUCCAUGGAAAAACCAUUUCGUAGCCUCUUUGCCGGCCCCCUCACACAGACCUCCACUUCCGGCCAUCCAUCACAGACCCAACCAGAUCCCCCUAGAAAUUUCACUGCUGAAAGACCAGCUUCUCAUUCACUUGAGGCUAUGCUUGAGACUCAGAAGUCAGUGGGAAAACCCUUUCGAAGCCUUUUUGCAGGCCCCAUCAGCCAGACAACCCUCCCUGACCCUCCAACACAGACCUGGCCAUAUACCCCCAUAGUCAAGCCUAAACAGAAGGAGCGUGACCCAACACCAUCCACCGAGCCGUCCACAACCCAUUCUGUUCUGAGGACCCUCUUCCUACGCCUGAGCCCAUGCCGCCAGGAGGGGGAGCAGGAAAUCGGUAACAGCUGCAAAGAUCCAGGAGGCAAUGGCCUGUGUUCCAGUGAAGAUGAAAUCACGAGAGGAUCUACUUCCACAGGACAGCAGAGGCAGAGCCAGGAGGUGGAGGACGUUGAUGAGCUGGAGAGUGAGCGAGAGGAGCCGGAGGAGGGCGCUCUGAGAGAUGAGCUGUUAGUAAUUCCAUUAGAGCCGUUAGUGCCUUACGUGCCACUUGGUGACCCUCGCCACCAUCGCCAGGCUGAUAUCACCCUGCCACGGUCCACCUUCGCCCAGGACGUGGUGUGGUCCUUUGAAGACCUUGCCCCUCUUACUCCCCUCUCACUCCAUCACCAGCCGUCUGUCCCUCUGGCCUCCCGCUCUGCUGAGAGAACAUCAGGUUCUGCUGUUGGACUGUCCAGUCCUGCAGGACUCAGGCCACAGCCUUCCUCACAGGACUCCAACUCUCAGGAGGCUGCAGGAGAGCAUCUCAUUCCCUCCAGGAAUUCAGGUAGGAGACAGGUCCAGGUGGAUACCCCCGGCGUUCACAACCUACCGAUCCAAGCGAUGGUACGGAUCACUCGACAUAACACUGAUGUACAACCAAAGAGACUGUCUGGACAAAUGAGGUGCAAAAGUGGCAACGUGGGUGAAAAAAAAACACUGAAAGACCUUUUUAAGACUUUUGACCCCACAUCAUCUCCCUUCGGACAGUAACUGCAUUUGGACUAUGGCUCAUAUUGUAUGCACUGUCGGUCAAUGGACUACGCACCUAAUGACUUACACAAACACUUGUCCUUCAUAUGAAUGCUUUUGCUCUAGUGUAUUACAGAUCAGAACAGCAAUUCAUUGCAAAAAAUGGUUGUGUAAAAUGCAGGACACCAAUUAUGCAUGCACACACACACAACCCUCCUUAACUACAUUUGAUGAAGUGUUACUCCCAUAUCUUUACUUAGCAACAGGUAAUGUUACUAAAUCAUCAAUCAUGUACAUUUUUAAGGUUAAAAAAACAAAUGACAUUUUAAUUUUUAUUAAAGCAGAAAGUAACCUAUUGGAACAAUUAGCCAGUUAACUAGUAACUAACCGUUGCCCUCUUCCUCCACUCCUGCUGACUACAUUUCCUCUUAUUUGAUGAGUGAACAAUGGGUUAUUACUCAACUGAUUCUUAUUCCUGUGUGGAAAAUGUCAUUAUUUAAACUAAUGGCGCACCUUUAUAGUAUGGUACUGUGCUGUGAAAAACUAUUUGCCAAUCCUUUCUAAUUGCCUUUACUUUUGCAUAUUAUUUUUAUACUGAAUGCUUUCAGAUCUUCAACCAAAACCUAAUAUUAGAUAAAGGGAGCCUGAGUUAAUAAUUACAGAAUUACUACUUAUUUCAUAAACAAAGUUAUGCAACACCCAA